AUGAAUCAUUGCAUUCCAAACCGUCGUUUAAGGCCUUUCGCAAAUGUUGUUAAUAGCGGGUUUGUUGUGACUUCUCCUCUAGCUGGCGAAUAUGUCCAUUAUGUUUUUUGUGAUAAAAAUAGCCCUCUAUUUAAAAUGCCAAUUAAAUUAUUUCGUUGCUCAGAAUAUAUUGGAAUGAAAAAUACCGAAAUAAUUCGUCGUGAACGUACUCUUGAAUUUGGUGAUGGAAUUUAUUUUACUUCUGACAACCGAGGGGUGGUUUUAGAUUAUGAAAAAUCAAUGAAGGUUUAUGAAACAAAUUGUAAUUAUGAUAAAAAUUUGGCAAAUAAUGAUGUUCCAAUAUUUACUUGGAUUUCAAUUCAAAUUGACACUGUCAGGUUAAAAUUGGUACCGGAAUUUGACGAAUUUAUUGAAGUUGCUGUUGAUGAAAGAAAAAUUGCUUGGGAGACAGAUUGGAAUGAACAAAAAACAAAUCCAAAUACAAGUAAAUAUACUUGGGAUACAACUGAUGAUGAGGAAGAUAUAAAAAAUGUUAUUGUUGAAAAGAAGGAAGGAGAAGUUUUGGAUGUAAAACUUAAAUUGGAAGGUUAUUUAAUUGGAAGAAGAGAAUUAUUUUGUCCAGAACUUCGUCAUAAUCGAGUAAAUAUUGGUCUAUGGGAAAAACAUUUGAGUAAAUUUGAAAAUCUUCCUUUGGGAUCUAAAUUUCGUUUUGAUGCUUAUUUCAAUGAUAUUCUACAAAUUUAUAUAGCAUAUUAUUAUGAAGAUAUUACUACUGAUGAAGUUUGUUGGGUGGAUAUGGAUGAAGAUGAACCAGAAAAGACUACUAUUCAACUUCGUCUAUUUCCGUCAGAUACUUUUGGGCAACUUUACAACAAUCCAGAAUUUGGUUUAAUUUUUGACCCAAAAAAGUUGUUAAGUCCUUUAACUUAUCUUUUUGCUGAAUUGGAGGUUGAUGAAGUUUGGUAA